AUGGUGGAGACUAAUGGCAGCAGCUCUGAGCCGGUCUUCCUGAUCUUUGGGAAGAGCGGCUGGAUCGGCGGCCUCGUCGGCGACCUGCUGAAGCAGCAGGGCGCAAACUUUCAGUUCGCCAACGCACGCCUGGAGGACCGUUCUGGCGUGAUCGCAGAGCUUGAGCGGGUGAAGCCCACCCAUGUGCUCAACGCCGCGGGCGUAACCGGGCGCCCCAAUGUGGACUGGUGCGAGACCCACAAGCUGGAGACCAUCCGCUCCAACCUGCUGGGCUGCAUCACCCUGGCGGAUGUCUGCCUGGAGAGGGGCAUCCACAUGACCUACUAUGGCACUGGCUGCAUCUUCCACUACGACGACGUCUUCCCCCAGGGCAGCGGCAAGGGCUUCAAGGAGAGCGACAAGCCCAACUUCACUGGCUCAUACUACAGCUACGUCAAGGCCAUGACCGAGUCGCUGAUCCGGGAGUUCCCCAACGUGCUGACGCUGCGCGUGCGCAUGCCCAUCGUGGCCGACCUGACCUACCCCCGUAACUUCAUCACCAAGAUCAUCAAGUAUGACAAGGUCAUUGACAUCCCCAACUCAAUGACGGUGCUGCCGGAGCUGCUGCCGCUCUCCAUUGAGAUGGCCAAGCGCAAGCUGACGGGCAUUAUGAACUUCACCAACCCCGGGGCCAUCAGCCACAACGAGAUUCUGCAGCUGUACAAGGACUACAUUGACCCGGAGUUCACCUGGUCAAACUUCACGGUCGAGGAGCAGGCCAAGGUCAUCGUGGCGCCGCGCUCCAACAACCUCCUCGACACAGCCCGGAUCGAGGGCGAGUUCCCUGAGCUGCUGCCCAUCCGAGAGUCCCUCAUCAAGUACGUCUUCGAGCCCAACGCGGCCAAGAGGGAGGAGACGCUCGCCGCCGUCAAGGAGAUGCGCGGCCGGUGA